CCAGCGGAGGCUGGAGUCAGUCCAUCCGUAAAAGCAUAAAAGAAAGAGAGAGGCUGCGAUCAAGCAACAAAAGCAUUAUCCACGGCCCAGGCACUGGGGAGAGAGCGGGCUCCGGGGAGCGGAGCCGCCGGAGCGCCCAGCCUCCCCGCACACCGCCGGCAGCAGCCGGGGAAGGCAGCAGGCGACGGAGCUGCAGCCCCCUUGAUUAAGACAAGGGGCUCCUUUCUGGUGGACGAAUCCCAGGUCAGAGAGGGUGAAACAGCUGGUGUGAUGACAGGCAGAAACUGAAGAGCAUUUGGAGCUUUCUGUCUCUACACAGACUUUUCCCCCUAGCUGAACAACAGACACACCAAGAAACAUGCCUGAGCAAAGCAAUGAUUACAGGGUUGUUGUGUUUGGAGCUGGAGGAGUAGGCAAAAGUUCUUUGGUCUUGAGAUUUGUGAAGGGCACUUUCAGAGAGAGCUACAUCCCUACCAUUGAAGACACCUAUCGGCAGGUGAUAAGCUGUGAUAAGAGCAUAUGCACUUUGCAGAUAACUGACACUACAGGGAGCCAUCAGUUUCCAGCCAUGCAACGUCUUUCUAUUUCUAAAGGACAUGCUUUCAUUUUGGUUUACUCUAUCACCAGCCGACAGUCCUUGGAGGAACUCAAACCGAUCUAUGAACAAAUAUGUCAGAUUAAAGGAGACGUAGAAAACAUUCCAAUAAUGCUGGUGGGGAACAAAAAUGAUGAGAACCAAAAUCGAGAGGUGGACAGCAGCGAAGGAGAAGCCAUGGCUAAGAAGUGGAAAUGUGCCUUCAUGGAGACCUCUGCCAAGCUGAACCACAAUGUGAAAGAGUUAUUCCAAGAAUUGCUAAACUUGGAGAAACGCAGGACUGUGAGUUUACAGAUCGAUGGCAAAAAAAGCAAGCAGCAGAAAAGGAAAGAGAAGCUGAAAGGCAAAUGUGUGGUGAUGUGAAAUUACACUGUCCAAAGUCAGUCAUGCAGUCUCAUCUGUCUGGUAAUACUCAUGUAAAACCUAUAGACAGCAAACAACCAUGCAAGACCCUAUUCAUUAGUACCUGUUUCAAAAGAAAUAUUUGGAAGUUGAAAAAAAUGAGUUACUGUGGUUGCUAUGAAAAAAGCCAACAAUUAGAAAAUUAUGUACUCUAGCUAUCAGUGAAAAAAAUCAGGAAAAAAGAAAGAUGGGCCGGGGUAUCUAAUUUUGUAAUUUACAGAAGAAACGAAAUUUCAUCAUUAGCAUAAUGUGAAAAAUUUUGGAAAGUCAAUUUCAUAUUAUUUACGUUUGCACAUAACUGCUAGAGAAGACAAUGUAUAAUGUUAGAAGAAAAACAAAGAAAUGGCCGUGAAGAAACCUAGAACAUAUAAAUGCAUGCUGGAUGGCAUUAUUGCAUCCGUUAAGAAUGCUGUGGACAAGUAAUUCAUCGCAAUUUUCAUUACUGACUGGUGGGGCAGCGUGCAUAAAGGUAGUCUCAGAUUUGCCAAAUAAAUGAACUAUUCCACACUGAAAGGAACUGCGGGGGCAGCACAAUUAAAAGGAACAGAUAUUCUCUAUCCCCCAGCAUGAGAUUUCUUUCUAGUAUGAUGUAGUGUUUGAACUGAAGGAUGAGCAAAAGCCACUCCCUGUAGGAGAGACAUAGAUCAUCUCCUUUUCUGGACCCAUCGCUCCAAGAAUGACCUGUGCUUCUGGCCCCAGUAUAUUCCAGAAGAGCAGAUGUUUGCCUGUGGAGAACAUCAGAUUGUAUAAAAAUGGUGUACAUACACAAACAGAAAGCUUCCCCAGGGAGGGCUGGCUGGGGAGUCCCCUACAAAAGCCUCUGUGGGAAAGGCUCAGUUCAAAUGCUGCUGAUGGUUAAGUGAACACACGAUGUGUGAUUAGUGAAUGAACGGAAAGUCUAUUGAACUGGUGGUACCCUUGGAGAGGUGUUGGUGUAGCAUACAAAGCUUUUAUUCAAACUGCUAGAUUAGCUGAGUGAAACUUAUUUGCAUUACUAUAGUCCAAUUAGAAUGGGUUUGCAUUCAUGCACUACUAGAUCCAUUGCCUUUAUAUUGUCUGAAGGGUUUUGUAUUUACCAUUUAAACUCAUGAUUUGAACUGCUGUGACUAUUUAUAGAACCAAAUCCUAUAUCUGGAGUUGGAGCACACAAGAGUCUCUUAAGAGAAGAUUUGCUGGGAUAAGUACUACAGGAUUUGGCAUAUUAAGAGCUGAAGUCAGUACUUUGUUAUAAUGCAAUACAAAGUUCAGAAUAGAAAAAAAAGUGGUUUAAACCACUCCGUCAGGGGAAACUGCUCUUCUCAAAACCUUUGGAAGAGGAAAAACUGUACGAAAUGUGUGCUUUUCUGGAUCUCUCUCUAAAGGUUUUUUAAAAAACUCAUAGAAAUGAGUAAAGUAUGUAUCCUACUGAUAACAAAGACCAUCUAAGCUAGAAGAAGCACAUACAUUUUUUAAAGGACACAUGAAAAUUGUAGAAGCUACAGUACUAGUAAUAUUAGUAUGCAUGCUGUUGCAUUAUAAUUAUCUUCUAGGAGCUGUUCAAAUGCAGUAUUUGCAUUAAAAAUUGUUACCUUGUUCCUCUUGGAGUUGUUGCUUGCUUACUUUCCACCUUUAAAGCAAAAGUGCAGACAUAUCACAGGUAGAGUGAUAGCGUACAUUUCUUUGAGCAAGAAUUGCUAUUGGAACUGUCUAGAAAGGAGCACAACUUUUGUCAUUCACUCAGAAGAAAUUCUGGUACCAUUAAAAUCAAGGGUAAAACUCCCACUGAUUUCAAAGAAGACAGAAUUUUGCGUGUUUACUUCAUUGCGUUAGAAAAUUGGAGAGGGCGUGAAAAAAAGGUAAAGCUUUUCCUUAACAAUAAGUUCCUGGCUCUUGCACGAUGCUGCUUCUCCAUAAAUCUCAAAGCAUUCUACAAAAUGGACUGCAUCAUUAUCUUAACUGCUCAGGCGGUGAAACCAAGGCACGAAGAGAGGAAGCGUCAGCACAUCGGCUACCCGGCAGGCCAGUGGCGGGCCCAGGAACGAAAGCAGAUCUCCUCAGUGCCACUCCCAUGCUCACUCUGCGUUUGGUCAGGCUGUCUCUUCACGUUCUUAAAUAGUUUCUAGAACACAUAAAGAAACCUGGUACGGCUUAUACAGCUAAAACGCAUCUUUUUCUGGUCAGUUUGUCAAUAGAUCAAUCAGUAUUUCCAGAUCAGGCAUGCGAAACAUUUAAAACCACUACGUUUAGUAAGACUUUUAUAAAUGUUUAUACAUCUACUCUGUUUGUAAGCAAAUGCCUGACGAUACUCAUCUUCACAGCAUUGGAUUCCGCUAAUGAAACUGGAAAAUCAAAAGAAUGAUCACACUUAAGGAGUAACGAGUCACAUACAGAGGUCAGCAGUACAGACAUCUCCCACUGAUGCUAACACGCCGGUGCCAAAGGUCGUCAUGCAUGGCACGUGCCUAAGCAGCCAGCAUGGAAUAAUGAUAGAAACUCAAAGAAAAAAAGGCCAUAUAAAGACAAGGGUCCUUUUAACAUUAUUACUUUAACUGGAGGAAUUAUUUACAUAGAAAAGAAUCUUUUAGAUGUAAAAUAUAGGGGAUCUAAAUUACUCAAACUGUUAUGACUGCAAGGAUAUUACAGGCCGAAAUUCGGCCCUGGACUUCUUUUUUGAAUGUGCCUCAUAGCAAGAAAAGAGUAAUUGUAGGGAAAGGUGGAAAUAAAACAAGUAGCUGCCGGUUGUUAGGCUUGAGGACCAUUUCCUUUAAUUCCCACUUGAUUCCUCACCUGCUACGUAAUAAGCAAUGAAUUAUUUCAUGGACUUGCAAGGCCAGUAUGGAAGCAAUAUUACUCAUGGACCACAGACUCAAAACCCCCCAUAUUUUAUACCCUUGCAUUGUCACCCUAGUUUAUACUACUAGAUUUUACAUAUCUUACAUACUUGUGAGCCGGUUUAAAAUAUUUUUUUUGCUAUUACUUAUACAUUUUAUUUUUUUUAAUACAGGAAAAAACUGUAAGGUAAAUAAAGAAAAUAUAUAGCUUUAUUAUAUUUUGUGUUUUAUUUGGGAAUGUGUUAUCAGUAUAAUAAACUCUUUAAAAUAUAUAAAAAAAAUAUGAUGUAUUUAAAACACGUAAGAUCUACAGUGAAUUUUAGCACCCAGAAAACAUGAUCUAGACAAAAUGACUCUUUGCAACGCAUGACUUUUAUAUGUAUAUAUGAAAUAUUAAGCUAUAUAGUUAUCAUGAAAAUGUGUUGUUGCAAUUUCAUUAGCUAAUAUUUUAUUCAAAAACUCUGGUUAUGAAGUCAUUUGUGCCUACAAGUUUCUAUGUUUCUGCUGAUGUUCUGAACAUACAAAAUAAAGU